AUGGAAUUGAAUUGGGUUUGGAAGAGUGCUGCCACUUUGUUUGCAUGCUACAUUUUUGUAUGUAAAUUUUUGAGGGGGUUGAAUUGGUGGUAUUAUGAUCUAAAAUUCAGAAACAAACAGUACCCACUGCCUCCUGGUGAUAUGGGAUGGCCUCUUUUUGGCAAUAUGUUGACAUUCCUCAAGGACUUCUCAUCUGGUCAUCCAGAUUCACUCAUCAACAACCUUGUUUCCAAAUAUGGAGGAGAUGGUAUUUACAAGAGUCACCUAUUUGAGAAACCAUGCAUCAUUGUUACUACAUCCGAGAUGUGCAAGCGAGUAUUGACAGAUGAUGAGAAUUUUAGGCCUGGGUAUCCAACAGCAUUGAAAGAGCUACUACCAAGUAGACCCUUGAAUGAUGUGUCUGGUGUCGAACAUAGGCGUUUUAGGCGCCUAGUAACUGCUCCUAUUAUGGGUCACAGUACGUUAGAAAUGUACGUAGAGCGUAUCGAGAACAUUGUGGUCAAUGCAUUAGAAGAAAUUUCCAGCAUGAAAGAUCCUGUUGAGCUCUUGCCAGAGUUGAAGAAAAUAUCAUUUCAAGUCAUCGUUAACGUUUUCUUGGGCUCUAAAAAUCAGGACAUCCUUGAGAAAAUAGGAAAUCUGUUUUCUAUUAUGUUUGAUGCCGUUUUAUCUGUCCCCGUUAAUGCACCCGGUUUUGCUUUUCACAAAGCACUCAAGGCACGUAAGAAGCUGGCUAAAGUAGUUCGAUGUGUUGUGGACGAAAGGAGGAUGAUGAUAAAAAGUGGUCAAAUGGAAAAUAAAGAUCUUAUUGAUAUUCUCUUACAAGUGAAAGGUGAUAAAGGUCAGAAAUUGGAGGAUGAGGACAUCAUUGAUUUAUUGUUAGGGUUUUUAUUUGCGGCUCAUGAAACCACUGGGCAAGGUAUGAUGUGGUCAACCAUAUAUCUUUCACAGCAUCCAGAUAUCAUGAAAAAAGCCAAGGAAGAGCAGGAAGAAAUUAUAAAGAGAAGACCACCAAUGCAAAAAAAUAUAAGUAUUAAGGAAGUCAAGGAAAUGCACUAUCUCUCAAAGGUAAUUGACGAAAUGCUGCGACUGGCAAAUAUUUCCUUUACACUUUUUCGAGAGGCAACUGCUGACGUGAACAUCAAUGGUUAUAUGAUACCGAAGGGAUGGAGAGUACUAGUUUGGAUAAGAGCUCUUCAUAUGGAUCCUAAAUAUUACCCCAAUGCAGAAGAAUUUAAUCCCUCGAGAUGGGAUGAUUUUGGUUCCAAAGCUGGAACCUUCUACCCUUUUGGAGGGGGGAGUAGGAUGUGUCCUGGAAUGGACCUAGCCAAGCUUGAGAUUUCCAUAUUUCUACAUUAUUUUCUCCUUAAUUAUAAGUGGGAGCGAACAAAUCUAGAAUGUCCCGUUACUUGCUUUCCAGUGCCUAUGCCCACGGACAACUGUCUCGGGAAGGUUAUAAGGGUCACAUGA